GUUCCAAUCCAAAUCAGCUCGAAACCUAUAAGCACGACCUUGUAGAUAUUACUUACUUCACUAACUAAUAAUCAAUCAAUCAUCUUAUACUUCACAGAUCCUUUUCCGUACUUCUCUUCCAAAAUGUACAAGCAAACAAUAUUAACCUCCGUCCUCUCCCUUCUCUCUCCCGCCUUAGCUCUCCCCCUUGAGCCCCGGGAUACACCCGAAUUCAAAAUCACCAGCCUUGGCGCUACCUUCCCGUACCCCGGUGUCUACGGCGUCGACUCUGUUAACUCUUUCGUGAACAUCGCUGUAACCUACCCGGACCCCUCAUCCACCAGCGGAGCCACCCUCGACACAACCUGCCGAGUCGAUUGGCCCGCCGGCACUAACCCGGGGCCAACCGAAUGGACUCCGUGCGCCAACCCGGCGUUGCAAUUCCGUCUGCCAGCCGACGGGUGGACCAGUUACACGAACUUCCGGGUCGAGCUAUUCGAGGAGCUAGCUUCCGAUGGUUCGGGCCUAGACGCAUCGCACAUUCUCACAUCCAACCCCGGAAACUCAAGCGAUCCCAACGCGUACAUGUUCUGUCUCCAGAUGGGCAAGUUCAACCCCUUGACUUGCACCCUAACCGGCCCGAUGGGCCAGUCGCAAAGGACCGUGGUCAUGCCUACGACCGAGGAGAGCGCGAGGCCAAACUAGGAGGUACCUAGAUAUACUUAAUAUCAAAAAGUAAUUUGCCUAGAUAGACUUCAGGGAAAAGGCAAAAAACGAAUAGGCUGGAGAAUAUUUGUAGACUAUAUAGAGUCACACGACUUGGUUGGGACGUAUACGAAUGGGAAUGACUUGAUGAUAAUAGCAAGCUAGGACAUAUAUAUACCUGAGGCACUCAUAACCCCUUAAUUAAAAAUACACAGAUACGUAAUGAAAA